ACGAGUAUGAAGCAUGGCGUCGCGUUUCGCAAGUUCUCGAGAACGACGUCGCACAGAAAUUUAAUGCUGAGGAAUUUGGUCACGUCCCUCUUCGAGCACGAACAAAUCAAAACAACGCUUCCGAAAGCGAAAGAUGCAGCGCGACUGGCCGAGAAGAUAAUCACACUGGGCAAGAAGGGGAACAAUGUCGCCCUCACCAAAGCCUCGGCAUUCCUACUAAAGCAGGACUUAAUACCCAAACUUUUCGGCACCUUUGCCCAGCGAUACGCUGACCGACCGGGAGGCUAUACACGGAUACAUAAAUACGGAAACCGCCCUGGAGACAAUGCACCCGUCGCAAUAUUAGAGCUAGUGGACAAUCCCAGAGACCUUCGAUGGGAAAUAACGUCGCGCGCUAUUGGAUGGGAAAUGCUGAAGGACAAUCUCAGGCAAGAAGAGCCCUUGUUGCUCAUUCAAAAGGGUGCCCCCGACGCGCAGAAGCUCAUCCAGCAUGAGCGAGGUUUAGACCAAGAUCAACCAGGCGUGUUAAGACCAAAGACACGGUGGAAUCUUCAGAAGGUUUUGCGGUACAAAGGUCAAGAUGGGACGAUCACACUUGGGCGAAAGGUUGAAGAAUACUUUGAUCACGUCCUAGCGUCGACCGUGGCUACCAAAGCCCUGGAUGAAAACCGGAUGAUCAAAGCAGGCCAGAUGCUUCCUGGAGAGACUCGGAAUGCUCUUCAUCUAGCGCGCGGUGAUUUGGGCCAUCAGAAAACCGCUCCAAAUGAGCAACACAUACUCAGUGUCAAAAACAUGUUCAAAAAGCCUCCAUCAUAAGCUAUUGCAAUCAUUAUCCUGUAUUUUUCUCCUUAAUGCCCAAACGUAAAACAUCAAAUACUUUGCUUCAUUCAUUCGUUGGUACGUCCGUCAGGGUUGACUCGCCGCCUCCAGAUCACCAGCGUCUACAUACCCAGAGCUUCGACGACUGAAAUUGUGUAGGCAAUAGUUCAGUCUCGACCCCAGAUGAAGCGAAGUACAACGGAGAAAGUACUACUCGGAUGAUCAGAUCCUGCCUGACUUACUGUUCGGACUUCCGUGGACACGCUCGGCUUGCAGCAAUGUAUGCUGAGUUGUGGUAUUCUUUAGAUUAUAGUAGAAUUAAAAGACAUUUCUACACUGCUA